UUCCCGGUGUCCAGUGUUUCCUUCAGUUGACAACUCUGUGGAUUCUUUACUCAAGUUCAACUCAAGUCUUAAUAGGGGGAGAAAUGACGCUAAAGCAUGAGGUGGUUAUAUCUGGAAUUGGAGGAAAGUUUCCUGAGUCUGACAAUGUCUUGCAGCUUCAAGAAAAGCUGUUUACAAAAGAGGAUUUAAUCACGAAUGAAAUAAGGUGGACGACAGAUACUGUUGGAGUGGGAAAGAUGCAUGACAUUGACACAUUUGAUGCUUCUGCGUUCAAAAUGCACAGCAAACUCGUUCGAUCCUGCGACCCUACCACCACACAAACAUUGGAAAGGGCUUUCGAAGCUAUUAUUGACGCAGGUAUGAAUCCCUUUGCCAUGAGUGGCCACAACAUCGCUGUUAUUUCUGCCUCAAUGGUGUCCGACUCAGAGAACACAAGGGCUGGAACUAGCUACGAGGCAUCAGGGUUCACAAUCAUGGGGCAUAACAGGUCUAUGGUGGCCAACCGGAUAUCUUACACCUUCAACUUCACAGGUCCGAGCUACAGUAUACAUACAUCGUGGGCCGGAGGAGUGCGCGCACUAGAGCAAGGAGCUGCUCUGAUUGCGCGGGGCCACGCAGAAGCUGCUGUUGUAACUACAGCGUCUCUUAUCUUCUACAAAGCUGCAGCUGUGGAGUAUGAACAGAUGAACAUUCUCACUCCUGGCGGUCGAUGCCGCUCGAUGGAUGCUGAUGCAAACGGCACGUGCCGCAGUGAAGGAGUGGUAUCAUUUUUCCUCCAACGUGCAUCAGAUGCCAAACGCAACUACGCUACCCUCGUAGGCAUGCAGGCAGAGUGCUUGGGUCCAAGGGCUUGCAGUCUUCCCCGUUUUGAUAGUCUUGUUGAAGAAACUAUUCGAAACUUUUACAAAAAGAAUAAAAUCGACCCAAAUGAUAUUGCUUAUUUAGAGCUUGAUGGAUCAGGAAUCAAGAAUUUUGACACCGUAGAGAUGAAUGCUUUAUCUUCAGUGUUUUUUGAGAAAAGAACAGCUCCUUUACUGGUGGGAUCAGUGAAAAGCAAUGUCGGUAAUACUGAAGCGUCUUCAUCUUUUGUUGGCAUCACCAAAAGCAUCAUCGCCAUGGAAACAGGAAUGAUUCCACCCAAUAUUAAUUACUCAAAACCAAACCCUGACGUUCCAGCAUUAGUCAAUGGACAGUUUGUGCCUGUUACUGAAGCGACAGAGUUAAAAGGUGAUCUUGUUUCGCUCAAUGUUCUAUCACUUGGAGGAACCUUGGGCCACGUGGUAAUCAAGCGAAACACAAAACAGAAGGAGAUACUGGCAAAGGGAAAGUUGCCUCCUGAUGGACUUCACAGGCUAAUCACAAUCUCAUGCAGACAUGAGGAGGGUGCUAAGCUUAACGCUGAAAAGAUUCAACAAAUGGCAGUGGAUGUUGAAUAUGCAGCCAUGGUGAAUGAUGUAUUUAAGACAAAUAUACCCGGCUAUUUAUGGAAGUCGUUUGUUGUCGUUCCUACGAAUGAAGUAAAAUACAAUAUAAAGAAGUUUGACAACGUGAAGCAACCGUUGUGGUAUGUUUUCUCUGGAAUGGGCUCACAGUGGGCAGGAAUGGGUCGAGAUUUGUUGCGUAUUCCAAUCUUCGCUGCUGCAGUGGACAAAUGUGAUGCUGUUUUACGACCUAAAGGACUCGAUAUCAAACACAUAAUCACAACAAGUGACAAAAAGACCUUUGACAACAUCCUCAACUGUUUUGUCGCCAUUGCUGCCAUCCAGAUAGGUCUGGUGGAUAUUCUGCGUGCCAUUGGUCUGGAACCUGAUGGCAUGGUUGGCCAUUCUGUGGGAGAGUUGGGCUGUGCAUACGCAGACGGUUGUUUCACUGCAGAGGAAAUGGUUCUGGCUGCAUACGCAAGAGGGAAAGCCAGUCUUGAUUCCGAAGUCAUUCAAGGAAUGAUGGCUGCAAUAGGGCUUGGCUACAAAGAAAUGUGUACUAUGGUUCCCCCCACUGUGGACAUCGCAUGUCACAAUGCGUCUGACAGCUGCACUCUCUCCGGCCCAACAGACGAUGUCAUUAACUAUGUCAAGGAGCUCAAGGAUAAAGGAGUGUUUGCUAAGGCUGUCAGUGCUGGCAACAUCGCCUAUCACUCCCGCUACAUCAAACCUGUGGCUCCAAAACUACUGGAAUAUUUGUCAGAGCUGAUCAAAGAGCCGAAGCCUAGAUCAGCCAAAUGGAUAAGCAGUUCGGUGCCAGAAACCAACUGGUCGUCUCCUGAGGCCCAACUAUCGUCUGCAGAAUACCACACCAACAAUCUGCUAAGCCCGGUACUUUUUGAAGAAGCAAGCACCCACAUCCCUGACAAUGCUAUAGUCAUUGAGAUUGCUCCUCACGGCUUGCUACAGGCUAUCUUACGAAGAUCUCUCAACAAAGGCUGUGUCAACAUCCCACUGACCAAUAGGCAGACUGACAACAGUGUUCGGUUUUUGCUUGAAGCCCUUGGAAAUUUGUACCUCAACAACGCCAGCUUGGACAUAAAUGCCAUCUACCCUCCCAUAGAGUACCCUGUAAGUAGAGGAACUCCCUAUAUCUCUCCUCUCACCACGUGGGACCAUUCUGAACACUGGUUCACCGAGUUUCAAAACAUUCUUCAACUUAUGUCCCAGCGCUCAAAUGAAGUGGAAGUUAAUUUAGACGAGUCUACAGAUGAUUUUUCUCUCUGGAGAGAGCAUUGCAUUGAUGAUCAAAUAGUUUUAUCACCUGCUCAAGUUUUGGUUUACAUCUGGAAACUAUUUUUGGAGGCGACCGCUCUAGAGUUCGAGAAAGAAACCAUCCAAAUAGAGGAUAUGAUAAUGAGUAGUCAAGUGAUUUUCAAACCAAUCUCCCAGAAACUUUUGAUGACGAUAAGGAAAGGCACUAAUAGCUUUGGAAUAUGCUUGCAAGAAAAGGACAAAGAAGGAGAAACUUUCUUGACUGGAAAGGUGAAGCACUUGAAAUCACCCUCUUUGGACCCUCCUUCUGAGAAGAGGGACAAAGAUGAUGAUGAGAAGGAGGAUAUAGAAGUUACAGAUGAGGAGUUUGUUCACGUAUUGACUCAGUUUGGCUACCAGCUGGGACCUCAGUUCCAACUUGUCAGAGAGUUGAUCAUGAAAAACAAAGGAUUCACUGCAAAGGUAGCUUGGAGUGGAAACAUUGUUACUUUCCUUGAUGCUGUCUUCAAGUUGGUGGGUUUUCUGGAGAUGGAAGUGGAACAAAAGUUUUUGUACCCAAGUGCUUUCCGCACCUUGACUAUUGACCCACCAAAGUUCUACGGAUUAGAAAAAGGAACAGAGGUAGAUGUAUACUAUGAUUCAAGAAGCAAGAUUCUGCAAUGCAACGGCUUAAAGUUGGUGGGACUCAUGAUGUCUCCUGAUCCUUCUGUUAAGAAGGAGAUGCCAGAACUAACCUGGAACAAAAAAUGCUUCAUUCCAUUCAAUAGCGAAACCUCCAAGUUGAACGAGUUCCUAACAGUCGGACUUCAAGUUGUUGCUGAGGAAGGUCUCAAUAAAUGGAGGCAGAAAGUACCUCAGCUGUCUAUCAUUGUGUUAAACGAUAAGAGCGGAACCCAAUCACUCAUAAACAGUCCUCUUCAAGAAGUUAUUGCCUCUUUGCCACAAAUUAACACAAAAGUUGAAGAGAUGGACGUUAGACAAGCUAAGGACAAGAUGUCCGGAAUGUUUCGUCCGGGGGAGAGCUGGCUGAUAGUAGGAGGGUUCAGUUCUCUUCAGCAGCUGAUAGGUUCACUGGGACCUAGUGGGUUCCUGCUGGCCUACGUACAGGAUGUCCAAACACCUGUCAACGGUCCCACACUACUCAGACCUGUGCUGGUGCACCAUGUCAAAGAUGGCGGCAAACUUGUCCUGGUCAAAAAGCGCACGGAGGUUGAGCAGUUGAAAAUCGUUGAAAUAGAGGACAACUCUUGGCUCUCAGAAGUGUCAGGUGUUUGUGACUGUUCUGACCAAGGAUUUGCAGUAGCAGUGGUCAGCAGAACCAAGGGACCGGCGGAGGUCCUACCUGUCUUGUCUAAACUGAAAUAUGCCCACAGAGUAAGGUGUUUAUUCUUGGAGAAGAAUUCUCCAAAGUUUUCACCUCAACUCCCUCUUUACAAGAACCAGCUAAGUCUGGGAUUGGCUGUGGGCGUGUUAUCUCAUGGAGAGUGGGGAACUGAAUGUCUUCUUCCCUUCACAACAGAAUCUGCCAAACACCUAAGCAAAGGUGUAAUCAUCAGUUCUGAUACCAACCUAGAUAUAAAUGUGGUAGCUUUGAAUACAACCAAUCUCACCUAUUAUGAAGAAGAAGUCCCUGACAUGAUUCAUGAAGAUGUGAAGUGUGUGGACUAUUGUGGUACCAGGAACAGUGGUGAGAAGGUAAUGGGCAUCGGCCAGUUCGAUUCCCUCACCAACACCGUCACUCCGGAUUCCACUCUUUUGUGGCCUGUGCCUCAGCAUUGGUCCAUGGAUGAUGCUACAACUGUUCCUGUUGCUUUCACACUGGCCUACUAUGCUCUUAUUGAAAAAGUAAAGUUGAAAGCGCAACAGAUAGUCCUGGUCCACAUGGGUUCCAGUCCAGUAGGCCAGGCCUUCAUUGCAGUAGCUCUACAAGUAGGAGCUGACGUGUAUACCACCAUAGACAGCCAUGACCAACUUCAGUCUCUAAUGAGGAGAUUCCCCCAGCUAAAGGUAGAUCAAGUGCUACCCCUUGAGCACUUUGACAUCAAAGUGAAACAAAUGACAAAGGGAGAAGGAGUCAAAGUAGUGGUCAACUGCCUUUUAGAGAGUGAAACAGCAUUGUCAGUCAAUGCUCUCGGAAACGAUUCUUAUUUUAUACAUCUGAGCUCCAUUGAUCUCCGGAACAGAGAAAUUGUUGGGUUGUGGGUUUUCAUCAGGAAUGCCCACAUGUUUGGAAUCUCACUUUCAAACAUUAUCAACGCAGAUCCUGAUACCAAAACAAGACUGAGUACAUUCUUAAAGGAUGGAUUGAAGAAGGGAGUUGUCAAACCCUUAAAAAAAAGGAUUUUUCCACUUUGUAACUACCAUCAAGCAACUAACAAUUUACACCAGAGGUGUUUUGAUGAGAAGACUGUAGUGAUCAUCAAACCUGAAGGUCGAAGUGAGUUGUCGACCAAUUCUUUGCCAGGCUUCCACUGUCAGCCGCAGUCUACAUACAUCAUCAUCGGUUCAUGUGAAGACCUGUGGUUGGACCUAGCCCAGUGGUUGGUAGGUCGAGGUGCUCGCCGUCUUGUGCUCGCUCCCACCUAUGCUCACCUCAACACCAGCAAUGCUCACCGCCUGGAUCGUCUAAUCAACCUCAACUAUGCUCGAGUCAUGCUCACCUCUGCCGCGAGGAUCGGAACUUAUGAUGAUGCAACGAUCGUUCUCAACGAGGCCAUUAAGCUGGGUCCAGUGGGAGGCAUCUUCUUUGUUGGACUGGCAGAGAAUAGUCCUACGAUAGCACAUGUAGACUCUGCAGCCAGACAGCAGAUCCCUGAUCUACCCCAGUUUGUGUGUCUGUUAGGAGGAAGCACUGCAGUCUGCCAGUCAAGAGCAAAACUUGGCUUCUCAUCAAAGCUUGUACAAAGUGAAAAACCCCUCUAUAGACCUCAGACCAUCUUAUCCUGCCUGUCAAAUGUACUCACAGACACCAACUCCAUAUCCUACAACUACCUUGUUUCAGACGCUGUAGAAACUUCGAGUAACGCAGAAGACACAUGGUACAUGGUAGAAGAGGACCCCUAUGUUUUCCUUCCAUCAACUGUUGAAGAUUUGCUAGUCUUAGGACAAGACGUUAGUUGCACCCCUUGCUUCAAGGAGGUAGCCACUCGUUCACCCCCUCAUUGGAACAUCAAAUACAAUGUUCUACCUGUGUUUGUGUUGCCUGGUAUAUCAGCUGCCAGUCUGUACCCCUUCAUCUCUCAUCUGAUGCACCCUGCGUACUGCGCCCCUCUCUGUGACGCCUCUCUUUCUGUCGAGAGUUUGGCCGAAGCAUUGCAAGAAGAAAUACUGAAGGUUCAAAGACAGGGGCCAUUCAACAUUAUAGGAGAGACGUGGAGUGGUGGAUUGGCGCUACAGUUAGCAACAUUGUUGGAAAGCAAUGGCCACACUGUGGACCUAUUUCUGCUAGAGGGCGCCCCUGCAGUAGCUCAACAAUGGGCGCGAACACUUACAGACAAACACUCUGUAGGCAUCUCACUGUUGGCUAGCCUGCUCUCCCUGGAUAAUAAGGUUUUGGAGCAACUAAGUGAGCUGACAACGUGGGAAAGUCAAUUGGAAGCUGCUUUGAAGCAUGUGAGAAUAGAAAAUAGCCAAGAGGAUCCUGACACAUUAAGAGAAAGUCUUUUCAAGUCCCUUACUGCCUUGAGAAAUAAUCUAACAGCUGCUCUUCACUACGAGCCCCAAAAACAACCAUUUAAAGGAAACGUGCAUCUACUGAGACCCAGAGGAGCUUCUGAUGUUGAGUUUUGCGAACUUCAAAAGUGCUGCCAAAAGAAGCCUCUCAUUCAUGUUUUGGAGGAAGAAUGUCAUCAAGAAGCAGUGAGAAGUCAAUCCUAUGCCAAGAUUGUCAACCAAAAUGUUUCGUAUACCUGGGACCUAUAAACAAAUUCUUGUGUACCUUUAACCUUUACACAAAUUAUGGAAACAAUAAGGCUGAUUGCCAAACAGACACUACUUCUUUAUGUUAUUAAAAUUUUGAAGUUGGCUGUAUGUAUGGUGUUUUUAUCAAAACAAAAAUAUACGUAGCUCGGUUCUAUCUAUUAGUCAACUGAGUUUAAAAACUUAUUGGUGGUAACACGAAAAUCUACAAACUAAUUGUUUUGAAUUGUUUUUGUUAUUUUGUCAGUCCCAUUCCAACCACAAGUUUUUUAAUUAUACUUUUUAGAAAAAUACACGUUCCAUCUUCUGUUCCACAGCUUAAAACAUUGACUUUAUAUCUACUCUGUGUAGAUAUAAAGUCAAUGGCUUAAAAUAACAUAUUUUAAAAUAAAGAAGUUAUUUAAAAAUAACACACCAUGUUUAGGUAUUAUAUAUGUUUUACUUUAAAAAUUAUUCAAUUCUCUCAAUUAUAUGUGGUAUGAAGAAGUGUUUAAAACUUAUUUGACUACGUAUGGAAGUAUACUAAACACAUUUUAAAUAUAAUCAAAAAUUAAAACAAAUGUUAUUAUAUAAAGAGUGUUUUAGUUUUGAUAAAUUAUCAUGUCUUAACAAAUUGUAAUCUGUUUACUGUAAUGGAACUUAUGGACAUUUCAAAAGUUGUAUUACUUGUUGAUGUUAAUUUGUUAUUUAGUUUUUAAAUAUAUUUGUAAAUUGAUUAGGGAAGUUUAUAAUUUUUAUACAAAUAAAA